UGGGCAGCAGUGGAAGAUGGCGGUGCUGGGCGAAGGCCGCGAGUUUGCGUUGUCGUGCGGACGGCUCGGCUCGGACCCUGAGCGCCUCACCCUUCUCCACGUCAAGCUCACAGACACGGCCAUCAAGGCUUUCGAAGUGCACCAGGCGUCCAAGCAUUCCCUGUCAUCCCAACCGACCAUCCGCUUCGGAGGAGGCAAAGGGGUUAUGAAGAUCCCUGUGCCAAAAUCGGAAUGCCUGUCAGGGCUGCGGUGUUUUUCCUUCGAUGUGUCGAGCGCGGGGAGGGACGGUCCCCAGGCGAGCUUGGAGUGCAUCAAGCAGUACACGGACAGCAACGGCUCCUGCCUGCUGGACUGCCUGGGCAGCGUUCAGGACAAGAUAACGGUGUGCGCCACCGACGACUCGUAUCAGAUGACACGCGAGCGCAUGACGCAGGCCGAGGAGGAGACGCGCAGCCGCGGCGUCAUCGAGAUCAAGCCCGGAGGGCCCUUCCUCGGCAAGCGGACGGUGCGCAAGCUGCCCGCCAGCACGCUGGACCUGGCGCCGGGCCGCAAGCGCUCCAUGCCUGUGAACGUCGCUGGCGCGCUACGCAAGAGCAACGUUUCCACCCCCCCGAGCGUGCCAUCGUCUGUGUCCCAGCGGUCGUACCGUGAGCGCGUCAUGCACCUUCUGGCGCUCAAGCCCUACAAGAAGCCGGAGCUGCUGCUGCGCCUGCAGCGGGAUGGGGUGAACCAGCGCGACAAGAUGCAACUCUCCCCUGUACUCACACAGGUGGCAGUGCUCAAUGCGAAGGACAACACGUUCACCCUCAGAGACUCCCUGUACCGCGAGUUGCAGAAGGAUUGGCCAGGCUACUCGGAGGAGGAGAGGCAGCUGAUGCAGAGGCUUGUGGCACGGAAAUCCUCUGGACUGCAGAGCUCGCAGAGUCAAAAUUCUCCAGCUAUGGUUGAACCGCUGGCAAGGUUGAGCCCUGUUAAAGACAGCCACGCGUCUACUCCACAGCAGCAAAAGCGAACGCUUCCGGCAGAAUUUGUGGACCCAAAGGCGAGCAAGAAGCAGCGUGUCUCGCAUCUGACGAGCCGCGUGCCGCCCACAUUCAACGGUCACGCAAACAACAAAUCCGUGGGUCCGCGGGCGGCGGUCCCCAAGCCCCACCGCCCGAUCCCGACCACCGGCAACGCGUACACGACGGCCAGGCCCAGCUCGGACGGCGGCGGCGCCGCCGCCGAGUCGGCCAAACGCCGCUGCGACACCAACUUCACGCUUGUGAGCAGCUCCGACGAAGGUGCCGCGGCCGGCGUGCAGAACGUCUCCAAAGCUCCGGCGGAGGAGUCGAGCCAGGUGAGCUCCAGCUCCGUCGCCAAGACGUCGUCCUCGCCGGGCGGCGAUGCCGGCGCCGAGCCGCUUGCCGCCAGAGCGACAGAGCACAGGACGGCCACCGGCCUCAGGACAGAUGACGCUUGCGUCGCGGACAAGGAGAGCAAGUGCCAAGCCGAGCGAACGCUUGCGAAUGACAGCAGCGCCACGCGGGAGGGAGCCUCGAACUUGGCCGAGCGGGCCUCCGACGCCGGCGCGAGGAGUAGAAAGAAAGCCAAGAAAAACCGAGACCGGGAGAGGAGGAAAGAUGAGGAUGCACGGAGCCUCGCGGAGGCGCGCGAGGACAUCGAGAACAUCAAGGAGGAGAUGGACCUCAAUCCCAAAGUGAACGAAGGGGACGCCGAGGCUGACAUGACUCUGAAUGUCACAACUUCAACGGCAGAUGUCCCCGACUACGUGAUAAACUACAAACCCAUCGCGUCCCCAGAGCAGCGUCAGAGUUACAAGAACGACUUCAACGCGGAGUACGAGGAGUACCGGGAGCUGCACGCUCGCAUCGAGAAUGUCACGAAGCACUUUGUGCAACUCGACGCGAAGCUGCGCAAGCUGCAGCCCAGCACGGAGGAGUACAAGAGUGUUCAGGACCAAGUUUUGAAAGAAUACAAGCAGAUAAAAAAGAUCAACCCAAAUUUCCGUGAACAGAAACACCGCUGCCAGUAUCUGCACCACAAGCUGUCUCACAUCAAGCAUCUCAUCAUGGAGUACGAUCAGACCAGCGUGACCGUCUGGUAGCACCGCUUCAAACUCCGUAGCAUUUCCCCCCCCCCCCCCCCCCACUUCGUGACAACGCCGUUUUGCAUUUCGGCGAUCCCAAAUGUUGUCGACCAGCUUCUGCGAGCUUCUCAGCGUCGGGCAUCUCUUUGAGGCGGAGGGUCAACCGGGUGAGGCUCACUUCAGCCAAGCUACGAGGAAGCCAUAAAAAAAACUAAAUAAAAGCAACUGCAAAAAAAACAUUUCAUAGCGGGCAUUGGCAGAUGGUACGUGUAAGGCAGCGUGGCCAAGUUUCAAUUUAUAUUCCUUGACCAUGGUCGUUGUUUUCCCUUCGGCAGCCCAAGUUGAUGCGUUUCAUGGUGUAAUUGGCAUAAGGUCUUGGAUUGCUUGACUAAGAAAAAAGAGGGUUAGCGUGGUGCCGAUUUCCCUUGCGUGCAGAAGUGGCCCCCUGAACCGCCUGUGGCUUCACGGCGCUUGAUUUCCUGCGCAGUGGCGUUACGCAGCCCGGGGCUGCACGGGUUUCACUCUGGACCAUCACGGUGCAUUGCUGCCAAAAUAAUUUCGUGCACUAGGACUGGGCGCAGGCUUUGUUUCAUGGCCCGUGGCCUAUGUGUAGGGUGUUGGCCCUUUGUAAAAAACAAUUAUAUCGGGCUGUUGUGGCGUAGGCGUUUUCCUUUCUCGGUUCGGUUAUUUAAUAUUCGGCGCUUUUCAAGGGCUCUCUUAGUUAUUUGGGGGGUUUAACCGAGAAGCUCCAUUGAGCUCAUGGGGGUUCAGGUGUGGAGUCGUGAGUCUUUUGAUCUGUUUGCCCUCCCCUAUGCCAAGGCACGAAUUGCCCUUUCCAAUGGCUCCUAACAAACCUUUUUUAAGUGUAUUUUUAGAAAUAAUGACCAGUAUAGUACAAGGUUGUACGCUUCCACACACACGGUGGUACACACAUAAGCAGUGGCUUCGAGCCAAAUCCUUCUUUGGGUAUAAUCCUUUUUUGUCUGUGAAAUAGGGAGAGGCUCAUGCCCCCCCCCCCCCGCCCGUGUUAGGUGAGGUCACUCAUAUAAUUCAACUUCGCUUCUUAACCUCUAGGUGUCACUGGCACACGCGGUGACAUGUAUAUUUUGUUUUACCAGGUAAGGCCCACAGAGCUAUACAGCUCUUUUUCAGAAGCGACCUGGCCACAAAUUUGAGCUCAACAAAGUGGCUUAUCACACGUAAAUUUACAGCAGCCAAAUACACUCUAAACGCACGUUGAUUCUAAAUGUGGAGGGAAGAACUAGGAGGAAAAUCCACGCAAUCAUGGGGAGAACAUGCAAACUCCAAAUGUGUAGGCUUCAGUGGUUCGGAUCGAACCCACGACUUCCUGUAUAUUAGGCGAGGUAGUUAACAUCUCACCACCGUGGCGCCCGAUAUGUAGCGUGGUGUUAACAAUUAUCGCGGCUACAAAAUUGCCUUGACUGCCUCUCUGCUCAUUCAUUACACAGCUGUGUGCAAGGCUGCUGCAAAAAGGUGUCUUAAGUGUAUUACUCUCCUGCUUGUUUCUGUUAAUCUGCAUUACAUUGCGUCUUUACGAGUCUUGGUCAUUAACUGCCGCAGGAAUUACACACUUGCCACAGUGAUACACACACACACACGCUGACCUGCAUAGGUCAACACGUUAUUGUGAAGAUGCUUUACUCCUUACACGUCACCAUCUUUCAGAACAACAGCACUUUAUAUUCAUUUACCCCCCUGACUCAAAGCCGCGCAACACAACGAACAUGCAUGCUUUUAUGAUGCCUCAUGUCAGGGAGAACCAUUUAACUGUGCGGAGGAGUUAAUUUCUUUUCCCCGAAACGUCUUACUACUUGUGGUGUAAAUAGAUGCACUGCGUGGGCGAUAUGGGCAGUGUGGCUGUAAUUGGGGCUUUGGGGUAAAAGUUUACCUCUUACCCAGUGGCAAACUUUUCCUUAAAGUUACUUUUAAAUGCAAGCUAUUUUAGACAAAGAAGACAAAGUUGGAUACAACUGGUUUAAUGCGAUGCUUUCUUUUGCGCCGGUGGGGGAAUCUCAGCUGCCGCUAAAUGUUUGGAUUUAGUGUUGUACAUUGUAUUAUAUUCCCUUACUCGUGAACACGACCCGACACUUCACGUUCUGUUGCGGACAAAGCUGGUGGUGCUUGUGGAUCAGAACUACAGAAUUAAGAUGUUUAACGGGGACGUCAUGCCGCCGAGGAAGACUCACUAAAUGCGUGGGCUUACUCUUGAGAAUGUUUUCUUAAUUUAAUAGUUUAGUUUUGAUGUUCACUGGAAAAUCCAGGGAAUUUAAAACUGGGGGGGGGGCGGGAGGGGAAAGACUAGCCUAUGAUCUUCACAAAGACCACAUCUAAAUGAUGCUUUUCAACUAGUUUUGCUUUUUGCAUCGGUGUACAUUUGACACGAUACGCGCACAAGGUAUAAACAUCUGGAUUAACUUAAUGAUAAUUAUUUACAACCCAAUUCUCAGCAUAUUUAUGGUGACAAACGAAACGGAUUGACAAAAAUAAAGCGUCCAUUUAAAUCUUUAUCAAUCCACUGCAUGUGUCUUAAAAGUGCAAAAAGCAAAAUAAAGGAAUUUGCUUCGCUGUAUCUUCUUCUCUACCGGGAGUUGCCGAGUGCACAAAAUAAUAUAUAGUUACGCUAGUUUUUCGGAUGGGGAAAAAACAGCUGCCUACUCCCUCUCUGUUGAAAGAGAGAAUAAUGUACUUUAUUACUUAAUUGCAUUUCCAAGCCGAAUCCUGUACUGCUAAGCAUUUAACGUGUAGUUAAUAUGCACAAGUUAAUCUUAAGAUGUUGAUAACAUGAUUACAGUGGGCUUUUGAAUGAGUUUUGAUGACCAGCCACUAAACAUGCAUAGGAUGAUUAGAGUGCGUUUACUGGUAGUCCAUUUAUAAUUCAGUAUUGAAUGCUGCUAUGGUGCGUACACUUUCUGUGCAAAGCUGAAGUCGUUAUAAGACUGCCAGGGCAUGCAACGUCUCAUGUGGCAUGCGGUGGAGCCUGAAUUCCAUUUUGUUUUCGUCACUCACAUGGAAGUGAAAAGUGGCACCUGGGCUGGCCUGCCCCCCAGGACUGAAGCAACCUUGGCCAAAAUUCAGCCCUGGAAAUUGGAAAUGUUGAGAGAGUGGUUGUGUGCUGAAGGGAUGGAUGGAUGAGCGAGAGAAUGCUGUGAGGGCGAGCACGGGGGACACGCGUGCUUGCCUUUAACUUAAAACAAAGUACGUGUUUGGUUGCAGGAGCAAACAAAAUACUUUAACGGCUUUGCUAAACAAAACCUGCAAGUUUUGUGUAGUGUGACCUGCCCUAUUGUUUAAAAUGAGACGACCCUCGCGUAAGAGCACGUGAAUGGUACUCGUUUUUUUUUGCUGUCGUGAUAAUCUGGGAAAUGAAAGUUUGUGCAUUUUCGCAGCGUUGCCAUGUGCUGCGCCAUCACGGCUCUCGUGGCUUCCAUACAAACUUAACAUCAAAAUCCAUGCUCCGUCAAUGUAAAAUUGAGGGACAGUUUACCAGAUUUUCUCGGUGCAAGAGAGAAGCCUGGGGUUUUCAAAAGGUUUAUUUUCUGUUUGUUUUUAAAAACUCGACUGCGUUGGUCAUUUUGAAUUGCUGUACAAUAUAAAAUUGAAUCGCCUGUGCAACGGUAGAAAUUCAUAUUUUGAGAACUGGUGUACCCGCCUAAAUGCAGCGCUUGGAUUGGCUCCGGCUGCAGUGACGCAAAUAUUAAAGCUGGCUUGCCCUGCAGCCACUGUUCCAAGAAUAAGCAUGCAGAUGGAUCGGUCUUUUCAGAACUGCAUUCAUGCCACAUACUUCUGGUGCCAAUUUCCAACCAGAACAAAUCCAGUUUGAUUGCAUCUCCAUGUGCAGGCGAUGGUGCGGUCCGUCAUACCAGUAUUCUGUGCCUGCUCAUGGCGUUUAUAUUCUCAUCUACGUAGAAACGCACUGUUUUUUUUUCUGGCCGGCAUUUAGGGCAGGAUGUGCUGUGUGUACUUGCUGUUGAUUUGUCCGGCGUUUUGAGAACGGUGAUGUCUUUGCAAUCUCUGCCCAAAUAAAAACUAUUUUGGGACAGCAUG